UCUCCUUCGGUGUUCAUUUCUACAAUGGUGAACCAAUCGAUGCCUCAGACAGAUAAGCAAAUAUGCAUCCCACCGGAGCUGCCAGAACUGCUGAAGCAGUUUUCCAAAGCCGCCAUUCGGACCCAGCCGCAGGAUCUCAUCCAGUGGGCUGCAGAUUAUUUUGGGGCCAUGUCCCGUGGAGAGAUUCCUCCAGUGAGAGAGAGGUCUGAGCAAGUUGCUUUGUCUAACUGGGCAGAGCUGACCCCCGAGCUGUUAAAGAUCCUGCAUUCUCGGGUUGGUGGCAGACUGAUCAUCCAUGCAGAAGAGCUGGCCCAGAUGUGGAAGGUGCUGAACCUCCCGACAGAUCUGUUUAAUAGUGUGAUGAAUGUGGGUCGCUUCACGGAGGAGAUCGAGUGGCUCAAGUUUUUAGCUCUUGCUUGCAGCUCUCUCGGAGUUACCAUUGCCAAAACUCUCAAGAUAGUGUGUGAAGUUUUAUCAUCUGACCGUGAUGGUGGACCUCCCCGGAUGCCUUUCAGCACCUUCCAGUUUCUCUACACAUAUAUUGCUGAAGUGGAUGGAGAGAUCUCAGCAUCACAUGUCAGCAGAAUGCUGAACUACAUUGAACAGGAAGUAAUUGGUCCUGAUGGUUUAAUCAAGGUAAAUGACUUUACCCAAAACCCCAGGAUUCGGCUGGAGUAAAAGCACAAUUUUGGCGAUUUAAAAGAAGAUACAGAGAUGAUUAUACUUCAAAAUGACUGAAUCCCCACAUACCAUCCAAAGUCAGUUUUCUUGUACAACUGGUACACACUAAUAAACAAUUAGGCAAACAUGUGAAAUCAGAAA